AUCCUGUUUUCUCUCUCUCUCCUUCUCUUUCUCUUUUCUUUGUUUUUUAUUUUUUUUUUAUUUUUUUCCUUCUCUCUCUCUCACUCUAUAUCUUUCUUUCUUUCUCUCACAUUAACCGCCUACAUGCGCUACUUAAAUUAGCAAAGCCUUAAAGUUGGUGUGUCUAGGCUUGAGGUUACCUUUUCCUUUUUUUUUUUUUUUUGAAAAAAAUAAAUAAAUAAAUCUUCUUCAUAGCUUCAGUUAAAGUUAAGAGAGUAUAGAGAGAGAAGGAUUUCUGGUGUUUUUUCCAUGGUUAAAGCAGAUAGCUAAGAAGGGAUAUGAGAGCCAAACUAUUAUACAAAGUUGAAAACUUCAUAGAAGAUUUCAAGAGUUUAAGAGAAAGAAGAUAGCAUCAGCUAGCAAGAGCAAUGAAUAAGAGUAAUUUAGGCUCAAUCAGUAGCUCCGAUCUCAUAGAUGCAAAGCUUGAAGAGCAUCAGCUUUGUGGAUCCAAGCAAUGCCCUGGUUGUGGACACAAGCUUGAAGGAAAACCGGAUUGGCUAGGUCUACCAGCAGGAGUGAAAUUUGAUCCUACAGACCAAGAACUGAUAGAACACCUUGAAGCAAAAGUAGUAGCCAAAGACAUGAAGUCUCACCCUUUGAUUGAUGAGUUCAUUCCCACUAUCGAAGGAGAAGAUGGGAUUUGUUACACCCAUCCUGAGAAACUUCCAGGAGUUACAAGAGAUGGCUUGAGCAGGCAUUUCUUUCAUAGACCCUCCAAGGCUUACACAACUGGAACAAGAAAGAGAAGAAAAAUUCAAACUGAAUGUGACUUACAAGGUGGAGAAACAAGGUGGCAUAAAACAGGCAAGACAAGACCAGUUAUGGUGAAUGGAAAACAAAAAGGGUGCAAGAAGAUCCUAGUCCUCUAUACAAAUUUUGGGAAAAAUCGAAAACCCGAAAAGACUAAUUGGGUUAUGCAUCAAUACCACCUUGGUCAGCAUGAGGAAGAGAAAGAAGGAGAACUUGUAGUUUCAAAGAUCUUCUAUCAGACACAGCCAAGGCAAUGCAAUUGGACUGAUAGGAGUGCAACUACUGGUGAAGGAAGCAGUGAUCCUAAUAGCAGAAGGGAUAGUGGUAGUGGAAGUUGCUCUUCUAAAGAAAUAAAUCCACAGAGAGAUGAAAUAACUGGAGCUGGUGUUGCUGUUGCACUAUCAACUUAUACUGCCAUGGAUAUUCAACACUUAAAAUCGGAUCAUUUUGGCUUUCCCCCUUUCAGGAAAACCUUUGAUGAGGUGGGGAUAGCAGAGGCUUCAACGGCAAGGGAAACCCAAGUAUCAGGCACGUGUGAUGAGAUUCGGGAGCACCAUCAUAGGCCACAUCACCUGGCCCAUGAUCAUCAUCCUCCUCCUCCUCAUCAUCAUCAUCAACAGCAGCAACAGCCACAGCCACAGCCACAACACCACCAUGUACACCAUCAGAUUGCUACCACAGCCUUCCAUAUAAGUAGGCCUUCACAUCCCAUCUCCACCAUCAUCUCUCCACCGCCUCUCCAUCACACAUCCAUCAUUCUUGAUGAAGAUCCCUAUCAUGUCUCCAGAUUAAUGCUUCAAAACGAAAUCCAGCAGCACCACCACCACCACCACCACCACCAACAGCAGCAGCAGCACCAUCAUAAAAUGGGAGGGGGAAGAUCUGCAUCUGGUCUAGAAGAACUCAUUAUGGGAUGCACUUCAACUGAUACUAAAGAAGAGUCAUCCAUUGCAAACCCACAAGAAGCUGAAUGGUUGAAGUACUCUUCCUUCUGGCCAGACCCUGACAACCAGGAUCAUCAUGGGUAGGAACAAAAAUAAUAGAGAAUAUACAAAAACAUCAACAGACAACAUUACUAUCAUCAUCAUUAGUACUUGAAGCCAUCCCACAAGGUCUUUUCAGGAAGAGGCCAAGACACCAUCUCUCCGUGGUUUGUUCUUUUUUCCUUCUUUUAUCUUGAGGUGGGGGUCCUGCCUAAGGUUUUUAAUGGCUCUCAACUGAACUAACUGUAUAACAGUCCAUGUUGGAAAGAAAGAAAGAAAGAACAAAAGGAAAAAGAAACAAAGAAAGAAAAACAAAGAAAAAGAAAAAGAAAAGAAACCAAGAAAGGCUGCUCUCUACUGACAAAUAGAAGGAGAACCAAAGACCAAAGCAAAAUCUUCGUGCAUGAAAAUCAUCACCAUUAUCAUUACAAUAUCAUCUUUAUGCUUAUAUAGUUUUUAUUAUUUUAUUAUUUCAAGACAUCUGUAUAAGUUCUUUUAUUGUUCUUUGAACAGAGAGGAAAAAUAUACCCAUAUAGUUUGUGCAAAUUGCAGGAAAAAACACUUUGUUAAUUUCUUGUGCUUAGUCACUUUUUAGUAAAAUACGAAUAGCAGUUUAUGUAAUGUCUACUUUUUGGAAAUGAAAAUGUGCUAUACAGUACAGUGUCA